AUGGCGAGGCAUCUUCUCUGCAACCUUCCGCCAUCACUCCCUCCGCCGCCUUGGCCGCUAUCUCGGCCGAGACCAUCCACACUCAGGUCGCCGGAGACUAAUUGUUCGCAGAAAAUCUGGCCACUCACUCGAGCUCUGAGCUCCGCUAUAUUACCUCUAGCACUUUCCAUCGGGCUUUUCUGUGCUUCUCCUCCGGACGUAAUCUCGCUUGAAUUAACCACUCCUCAAGAGGAAUUAGUUUGCGUUGAGGACGAAAAUUAUGCAGACAGCCCAUCCACGUCGCAAGUGGCGACGAACGAGGAGAUCGUCGGAGAAGCCUGGCAGAUCGUGAACGACAGUUUUCUCGACGCCGGAGGCCGGCACCGCUGGUCCUCCGAUUAUUGGCUUAAAAAGAAGGAGGACGUGCUGGGAUCUCCAAUUCAGGCGAGGUCCAGGGCUCAUGAGAUCAUCAGGCGAAUGUUGGCGAGUUUAGGAGACCCCUACACUCGUUUUCUAACCCCUGCUGAGCUCUCAAAGAUGGCGAGGUAUGAUAUGACUGGGAUUGGGAUAAACCUAAGGGAGAUUCCAGAUGAUAAGGGGGAGAUAAAGUUGAAGGUAUUGGGACUAUUGUUGGAUGGUCCUGCCCACUCGGCUGGUGUUAGACAGGGUGAUGAACUCUUGUCUAUUAAUGGGGUGGAUGUGAAAGGAAAAUCAGCAUUUGAAGCUUCAUCAAUGUUACAAGGCCCCAGUGAAACACUUGUGAAUAUCACGAUCAAGCAUGGCAAUUGUGGACCUGUCCAAUCAAUAAUGGUUCCCAGGCAAUCUAUUGCAAAGACUCCUGUUUUUUACCGACUGGAGCAGGUUAAGAACGGUUCAAAUUCAGUUGGCUACGUACGCCUCAAAGAGUUCAAUGCUUUGGCCAGGAAAGAUUUAGUUAUAGCAAUGAGAAGACUGAAAGACAUGGGCGCCUCCUAUUUCAUCCUUGAUCUUAGAGACAAUCUUGGUGGACUAGUGCAGGCUGGCAUUGAAAUUGCUAAACUCUUCCUCGACAAAGGGGAAACAGUAACUUACACUGUCGGUAGGGAUCCACAGUCCGUGAAGAAUAUAGUUGCCGAUACCUCACCUCUAUUCAGUACUCCUCUUAUUGUUUUGGUAAAUAAGAAUACAGCUAGUGCAAGUGAAAUUGUUGCUACUGCACUUCAUGAUAACUGUAAAGCUGUUCUUGUCGGUGAAAGAACGUAUGGAAAGGGAUUGAUCCAAUCUGUGUUCGAGCUUAAUGAUGGGUCCGGCAUGGUGGUCACCAUCGGCAAGUAUGUCACGCCGAAUCAUACAGACAUUAAUGGAAACGGUGUCGAUCCUGAUUUCCGUAAUUUUCCGGGUAAGAUGCCUUUCGGUUUUAUUGUGACCAAUAUGAAGUCUCACGUCGGAGUCGCCGUGAUCAGCGACGUCGGGCUCGCGGUGCUGCGGUGGACAUCUGGAAAGCAGCCGGAGAAGAGCAGGGUUUUCCCUCAAACCUCAGAACAAGCAGCGGCUGCUUGCAGGCCUUGCCCCUGCUGUUCGGAUCCUACUGGAGUGCUGUCCGGGACCUCUGGGCUGCUGCCCAGGACUGAUCGAGGUCAGCCCGGGACUGACCGGGAGCUGUUCGGGCUCUACCGGGCACGUUACCUUCGAAGAGUGUCGCCGCUUCAAACGGGCUUAGACGGGCGGAUACCCAACAAUUGGGUAUCUCACACACAGGUUUUGUGA